AUGGCACCUCCGGCAGUAUUGAUGGUAGGUACCGGGGAGUACACUACCGGCUUCGUCUCUGGUGCCGCGUCGACAUCAGACAAGAAAGUAGGAGUUGUAGGCUUGACACUGUUCGAUCUCCGUCGACGGGGAAAAGUCUCGGCCCUAUCGAUGGCCGGUGUGUCGGGGCGCAAGUUCCCUGCGAUCAGACAGCAUCUCCAGAAGAACAUCUCAGAGGCGUACAAUGGGCUGGACGUGUCGUUCUCGUCCUUCCCGUCCGACGACGCCUCGGACCCGGAAGCGUACAAGGCGGCCAUCGACGCGCUCCCCAGGGGAUCGGCCGUCACCGUCUUCACGCCGGACUCGACGCACUACGAGAUCGCAAAGUACGCCAUCGAGCGCGGGAUCCACGUGAUGCUCACCAAGCCGGCGACGAAGCUCCUCUCGCACCACCUCGACCUCGUCGCGCUGGCCCGGCGGCACGGCGUGUUCGUGUACGUCGAGCACCACAAGCGCUUCGACCCGGCGUACGCGGACGCGCGGUUCCGCGCCCGCAACCUCGGCGACUUCAACUACUUCUACAGCUACAUGUCGCAGCCCAAGUCGCAGCUCGAGACAUUCAAGGCCUGGGCCGGCAAGGAGUCGGACAUCUCGUACUACCUGAACUCGCACCACGUGGACAUUUGCGAGUGGAUGGUGCGCGACGCCGGCUGGCGGCCGGCACGUGUGCGCGCGAGCGCGAGCCUGGGAAUCUCCGAGUCCAUCGGCUGCGCCAAGGGCACCGAGGACACAAUCACCCUGCUCGUCGACUGGGUGAGGAAGAGAACAACGACAACAACAACAACAAGCGGGGCUGCCGAGGGGGACAGCAGCACCAGCGCCAGCACCGGCCACGAAGGCGUCGCAACCGGCAUCUACACGGCCAGCUGGACGGCGCCGAUGAACGCCGGCGUGCACUCGCAGCAGCACUUCCACUACGUCGCCUCCAGGGGAGAGGUGAACGUCAACCAGGCCAAGCGGGGGUACGACGUCGUCGACGAGGGCGACCUCUCGGGCAGCUCGUUGAAGUGGUUCAACCCCUUUUACAUGCGGUACGCACCGGACGAGGAAGGGAACUUUGCCGGUCAGGGCGGGUACGGGUACGUGAGUUUCGAAAAGUUCAUCGACGCCGUCACCGCCGUGAACGAAGGCAGAGUCAGCCUCGAGGACCUGGACGAGAGGGGCUUGCCCACGUUGAGGAACACCGUCCUGACCACCGCCAUCCUCGAGGCCGGGCGGCGAAGCUUGGACGAAGGCUGCCGCACCGUCGAGAUCGUGGGCGAGGGCGAGCACGUCGAGUUAAAGUGA